GCCUUGUCAGAUCCAGAAUUCCAAAUUGAUUUGUUUUGUUCGACAGCACGUGCACGUCUGUAACAAAGUGCUCGACAUUUUCGGCCGAAUCACUCGGUAGCCGAAUUCGGCACAAUGCGUAUCGAGGUGUGCUAUUUCUGCUCUUCGCGGAUCUUUCCAGGCCACGGCAUUCAAUUCGUGCGCAAUGACUGCAAGAUCUUCAAAUUCUGCCGGUCCAAGUGCCACGCCGCUUUCAAGAAGAAGAAGAACCCGAGGAAGGUCAAGUGGACGAAGGCGUACAGGAAGACCGUCGGCAAGGAGCUGGCCGUCGACCCGUCCUUCGAGUUUGAGAAGAGGAGACACUGCCCCGUCAAGUACAACCGCGAGGUUUGGCAGAAGUCCUUGGAGGCGAUGAAGCAGGUCGAGGUCAUCAAGCAGAAGAGACAGUCGCACUUCUUGAUGCAGAGGCUGAGGAAGGGUCGCGAGAUCGAAAGGCAGAGGGACGUGAAGGAAGUGCACAGAGACCUGCAACUCAUUCGGGCCGACGCUGCCGGCAUGAAGGAGCGUUUGGAGGAUGACAUUGUUGAAGAGAUACACGAGAGUGAUACGGAAAUGGAAGCAGUGGAAGCCGAAGCUUAAGAAGUGUAGAAUGGAGAGUACUGGAAAAACUGUUUGUGCGAAUGGAAAGACGUUAAAUAUCUUAAUAAUUAUCCUUCUGAUUAAAGAAAAUGAAUGAGCCUUGAAGAAAAAUUACUUUUAUGUAUGAUUUAUGUCUGACAAAAUAAACUCAGAAAUUGGUUCACAAAAUCCGCA